CAAUUUCCAGCUUAAUUUUCUCCUAUGUUGAAGUUUAUUUGAAUGUUACCCUUCGUAAUAUAACUUAAUUGAUUCUGUCUGGAACUUUACUAUUUAAAAUCAAAUAUUUACUCGAAAAUUAAUUGAAACUUAAAGGGGAAGGUAAUCAUCAAAAUGCAUUUUACUUAAUUACCUCUACCAAAUCAAGAUACCUAUGGAUUUAACUGUCAUUACCUGACAGUACCCAUAAGAACCUCAAGAGUCAUUUUCGUCUUCAGUUGUUAGAGACAAGUGCAAUAUGGACACACAAAACGAAACCACCUUAAAACAUGAACCGACUCCAGAAAACAAGAAUGAAAACAGCGUGGAAUACGUUCCGCUUCACGGAGAACCGUUUCAAGUAGUGUCGCACAACUGCAUCUCCACGGUGGACCUGUCAACAACUCUAGACCUGAUAACAAUAAAUGCCAAAACCAGGAACUCGGAGUACAAUCCGCAACGAUUCCACGGCGUGGUGAUGAGAAUCCGGGAACCGAGAAGCACCGCGCUGAUCUUCAAGACCGGCAAAAUCGUGACGACCGGUACCCGGAACGGUGCAGAAGCACUGUUGGCCGCCAAAAAGUUCACGCGCAUCCUGCAAAAGCUCGGCUUCGACGUGGGUUUCAAUAAUUACAAGUUGCAGAGCGUGGUGGCGACCUGCGACUUGAAAUUCCCCAUCAAGUUGGAGGAGAUGAGUCAGUUGCACGGACAGUUCUGCAGGUAUGAGCCGGAAAUUUUUCCCGGUCUGAUUUACAGGUUGAUCAGGCCCAGGUUGACCAUGCUGAUUUUUGUUAAUGGGAAGAUCGUUUUUACCGGUGCCAAAAGCAUGAACGACGUGGUGGGAGCUUUGGAUGUUAUGUACCCGAUUUUGAAAAGCUUUAAGAAGAGAUAAAGGUCAUGUUUUGAUUUGUUUU